AGAGCCUACCUUCCCACUGGGUAGUGCGUAGCAGAACCACCGACACCGACGGACCUCCGUAUAAAAUAAAUCGGACGAGCCUGAUCUCGGCACGUGGCAGCCGAACGUCAAGUUGGAUUUACACUAGUGUGAAAACCGCGUCCUUCUGCGCAAGGCAAGUGUUGCUUUAUAUAGUCCAUUUCUCAGUUGGUUUGCAGGGAAGGGAGGAGAGGAGAGGAGAGUUUAGAGGAAGUGGCAUUUCCCUCUCGGUUCUCUCUCUUUCUGAUUCGAGUGGCUCUGCGAAAAGUGUGAAAAUGGAGAUGUUCUACUACUUGGUGUUUGGGGGAUUGGGAGCGGUGGUGGCAGCACUGGAGCUGAGCAAAAACAAGGAUCGUGUCAACACCUCGCCUGCUUUCAGUUCCUUCAAGAACAAUUACCUUCUUGUUUACUCUCUCAUGAUGGCCGGGGAUUGGUUGCAGGGUCCUUAUGUCUACUAUCUUUAUAGUCAAUAUGGUUUUGGGAAAGGGGAGAUUGGACAGCUUUUUAUUGCUGGAUUUGGGUCCUCCAUGCUGUUUGGGACAAUUGUUGGAUCUCUGGCUGACAAACAGGGCCGAAAGAGGGCAUGUGUGACAUACUGCAUAACAUACAUCUUGAGCUGCAUCACCAAGCACUUUCCUCAAUACAAGGUUUUGAUGGUGGGCCGCAUUUUGGGAGGUAUUGCCACUUCCCUUCUGUUCUCAGCCUUUGAGUCAUGGCUUGUUGCAGAACACAACAAGAGGGGUUUUGAACAACAAUGGUUGUCAAUCACAUUCUCAAAGGCUAUAUUUCUUGGCAAUGGUUUGGUUGCCAUUGUUGCUGGAUUGUUUGGUAAUUUACUUGUUGAUUCCUUGGCUCUUGGCCCCGUGGCACCCUUCGAUGCUGCUUCUUGCUUUCUUGCCAUUGGUAUGGCUGUCAUUUUAUCAUCAUGGACAGAGAACUAUGGAGAUCCUUCCGAGAGCAAGGACUUGCUUACCCAAUUCAGGGGUGCUGCUGUGGCCAUUGCUUCUGAUGAGAAAAUUGCAUUGCUUGGUGCAAUACAGUCACUGUUCGAAGGUUCAAUGUACACUUUUGUGUUUCUAUGGACUCCGGCUUUGAGCCCAAAUGAAGAGGACAUCCCUCAUGGUUUCAUCUUUGCGACAUUUAUGCUGGCUUCAAUGUUGGGAAGCUCCCUUGCAUCUCGGUUGAUGGCCCAAUCAUCACCCAGAGUAGAAAGCUACAUGCAGAUUGUUUUUACAGUCUCUGCCGCUUCUCUCCUGCUUCCCAUUCUAACCACCUUCUUGGUUGCACCUUCGAAGGUGAAAGGUGGAAGCAUCUCAUUUUCAGGCUGUAUUCAACUUCUUGGCUUCUGUGCUUUUGAAGCUUGUGUGGGAAUAUUCUGGCCAUCCAUCAUGAAAAUGAGGUCCCAGUACAUUCCUGAGGAGGCCAGGAGCACCAUCAUGAACUUCUUCCGUAUUCCUCUCAAUAUUUUUGUGUGCAUUGUGCUGUACAAUGUUAAUGCGUUCCCCAUCACGGUUAUGUUUGGCAUGUGCUCAAUUUUCCUCCUGCUGGCAUGUAUCUUGCAGAGGCGGCUCAUGGUGAUUGCCGAGAAGCCAAAAACAGAAGAUUGGUCAUCGUUGAAGGAAAGGGAUACUGAAGCUGAACCAUUAAACAUCUAAUUGAUGUUGAGCUGACAGACAACUAGGAAAUCUUGGGAGGUCAAAAACUGCCACCGGGUUCAUCCGUCAUAUUGUUUGAUUGAUGGUUCAUUUUAAUACGAAAGUCUAUAUUGUAUAAGAUUGAUAGUGGUCUGCCCAGCAAAGGUAGAGGGCAAGGGGAGUGGUUAUUUAAUCUCUGCUUAAAUUGUUUUUUCGGCCGUCACUAAAUCAACAUGGUAGUGUAUUAGUUAUAUCUUCAAAUAUUCUUCUGGGGAGGGAAGGUCUACUUUUGUAAUGGGAUGAACUGCACUUGUGACUUGAUGCUUUUAAUGUUCUCGUUUUUGGCUUAAAACGAUUUGUAGAUGGAUUUAACACAUUCAAUUAUAAUA